AGAGGAAGAGGCAGGAAGGAAAGAAAGAAAGAAAGAAGGGCCACACAAAGUGUCAAAGCGCUCGACGAGGAGGCGAGAUGGAUUCUGAUUCCUCACACGCGCAACCUUGACAAUAGUUUUAAUUAGCUGUCUUCUCUGGGGUUCCGGCGCACAACAAUGGACUCUAACGUUAUGGAGAUAAUAGAGGAAUUCAUGGAAAGUGCUUUGGUGCAAUGGGUUCAGCUGUUUGAGAGGAUGGUGGAGAUGGAGGAUGGCAUCCCUCUUUACAGCCAGUACAUGGAAGUAAACUCAAAGUCCCAGAGUCCUCGUGAGCGCUAUCUCAAGCUGACCAAUGGGAUUUUCCUCAACGAGGUCAUGAGGCUCAUAGACCCAAACCCCAAAAUGGAAAAGCUGUACGACAACGAGAGAGACGACCAUGUGCUGAAAGUCCAGAACUUCUCCAUUUUAAACAGACACCUCAGAGCGUUCUACCAGGAGGAUUUGCAGCAGUUGAUAAUGAUGUCACUUCCAAAUGUUGCGAUCCUGGGCCAGGAUCCCUUUACAGAGGCUGCUGUGGAGGAACUCAGACGGCUGCUGCUGCUGAUACUAGGAUGUGCUGUGCAGUGUGAGAAUAAGGAGGCAUUCAUUCAGCAGAUCCAGUCCCUGGAUAUUGAGACCCAGGCAGCCAUUGCCAGUUGUAUUCAGCAGGUGACUCAGGAUCCGCGGAUGGUGCUUCCUCUUCGGUGGGAGGAACUUAUGGAGGUGGAAGGUGCAGACUUACAGCUUGUAUUUAGUUCCAUGGCCAAACAGAUCCAAAGCCUGCUGGCACAGAGGGACACACAGCUGGAGAGGAUAGCAGAGCUCUGCAGGGAUCGGGAGGCCCAGGCUGACUCUGCUGUGGUGCCUCUGGGUGGUCACAGUGAAGAGCCACCCAGGAGUCUGCCACUUCAGCUGGCUGACAGCAAGGCCAAGCUUCGGCGUCUCAAACAACAACUGCAAGAUAAAGGUGAUCAGAUACUGGAUUUUAAACUGGAGAUUCAAAGCAUGGAGGAACAACUCAAGAAACUUCAGAAAGAGAACCGUUCUCUGCAGGGUGAAUGUCGGGGCAUGCGUGCCCUUAGGGAUGAGCUGGACUGCACCCGUGAGCGAGCUGCAAGGGCCGAGCAGCUUCAGACGGAACUUUCAGGGCUGCAAAUACCGAUUGCACAGCCUGGAUUUACACGCCAACAGCUCAAGGAACAGAUGCAACUGUGUGCAGCCCUGCAGGAGACCAAAGCUCUCCUGGAGGAACAGCUGAAAGAUGCACGAACACGUUGCUCCUCGCUAAGGGAGCUGGAGAGGGACAAUCUUCUGCUGCGACAACAAAUUAUAAACCUAGAGGGGGAGCGAGAUACAGAGAAGCAGCGGGUUGAUGAGCUACUGGAAAUGAACAUGAGCCUCGAGGCGGACCUGAGGUGCCGCAACAGCCACGUUCCCACGUCAGUCUCUGUGGGUCACCAUCAGUUCCUCCAGUCAGAAUUGGACUCUGAUGAAGAACUAAGUGAAUUGACUGAUCUGAAACCGUUAAGUGUGGAAGUGGGUGAGGCUUCGACGCUGAGGCUGCUAGAAGCGGAGCAGGAGAACGCAGAGCUGAGGAGACGCCUUGAAGACCUGCAGGCCCAGCAGAAGGCUGUCUCACCAGAUGUGAAGAAUGAGCUGGCGUGCCUGGAGGCGGAGCAUCAGAAUACUCUCAGGGAGUUUCAAAACUUGAAGAAAGAAAAUGCUACUUUCAAGCAAAACCUGGAACAGCUGGUAACCAAACUACAGCACAAGGAGGAGAAAAGGAAGGAGGAAGGAGGGGAGGAUCCAAACAAAGAGGAGGAGAAGGAUGAGAGAGGAGUCCAGGGUUCCGAAUGCUGCAGGGGAGAGGGGGAAGGGAGGGUAAGGAUGAUGCAGGAGAGGGAGAGAAGAACAGAAAUCGUUGGGCCACAGAGAGAAGCAGGAGUUGGUGAAGAGGUUCUUAAUCAUCAAGAGGGAGAAGCUGAAUCAUGUGAAGAGAGUCGAUUGAAAAGGAGGGGAGAGGCAGAGGGAGGCCAGAAAGACAGAGGGAAACGAGAGAAAGAAAAUGAGCUACCCAUCGGAGAAUGUGAAAGCCCAAAGUUUGUAGAUGCAAAGCAGAGAGUAGAAAACAAACUGGAAAGGACUGCUGCAGACCACGCUGUACGUUCGUGGUCUGGUCCUGAUGUAGAGCUUCUGACAGACCAGCUGCAGGAGGCGCAGGAAGAGGCUGACAGACAGGCGAAGGCGGCCCAGGAUCUGCGCUCCAAGCUGGUUGAACAGAGCAAGAAAGUCUGGGAGACUGAACAGAAAGUGGUUCUCCUGGAGGCCGAGGUGCACCGUCUGAAGAAAGCUGCAGAGAGUCUCUGCGAGGCACGACGGCAGAUAGAGGUUCUUCAGUCAGAGAGUCUGGCGUCAGAGGAGGAGCUGUGCCACCUGAGAAGCCAGGCGGAGCUCCACAGGAUGCAGACCACAGUCAUCGCCACCCUGGAGGGAGACAGGGCUGCACUGGAGAGAGACAAGGCUGCACUCCGCUGUACCGUGGACACCCUGCGCACUGCCCAGCGCAAGGGAGACCAACUAGAACUGACCAAUCAGACUCUGAAAGCAGAGCUGGAACGUCAGACGCAGAGUUUGGAAACAUCUCGCCGUCAGGAGGAGGAGCUGGAAGCAGAGCUUCGUGAAGCUGCCCUGGAGAAUGAAACGCUUGCCCGGGCACGAGACCAGGCGCUGCUGGAGGCCUCACGUUUGGAGCAGGAGAAGGAGGCGUGCCAGUCAGAGCUGGAUGGUCUGCGAAAAGAGUCAAGGCAGAGAGAGAGGGAGGUGGCGAGACUGAGGCAGCAGCUGGAGAGCACAACCCUGGCACUGGAGCACAGCAACCAGAGAGCACGAACACUGGAUGCUGAACACAAACGUGUGUGUCAGCAGCUGUCUCAGUCCAAGGAGCUCUGCACUCGAUUGCAAGACCUGGAGAAGGAACUCAGUGCUCAAUUAGUUGUCCUGGAGGAUGGUAACAAGCAGCUGCAGGAACAGUAUGCAGUUGCUCAAGCCAAGAUCAGCUCACUAUCCCAGGAUCUAUCCAGUGAGCACACACGUUCUUGGGAGCUCUCCACCAACACUGAACGUCUGAGCCAGAAGCUACAAAAAGCAGAGGCUGAACUGACGACGACAAAGGACUCCCUCAACCAAUCACAGGAGAGAACUGAGUUGCUUUUGCGGUGCCUAAAAAAAACAGAACAUCUCCUGAAGUCAGAAAACCAAAAAGAAAGCACAGACUUAACUUUAGAUUCAGACCUCACACUCAAAUCACACACUUGUCAGACACAAACCAAGCAGACAGCAACUCUGGAUCAUUACCCGGAAAUUGGCAAAAGCCGUGACGUUUUCCAAACCAGUUAUUAUGCCACAGGAGAGACGGAGAAGCUGAUGAGUGACAAGAUAAUAGAACUGGAGAGAGAGAAAGCAGUGGCAGUCGCAGGACAGGAGGCUUUAUUGUCUCGGCUGUCUGAGUCCCAGGAGGCGUGUGAGCACCUGAAGGAGCAGCUGGAGGCUCUGCGGCGUAACUCCCUCAGCCUGCAGGACUCCUGCACCAGAUUACAGACACUCAACACCCAGCUACAGGUGGAACAAGCAUCGCUGAGGUCCCAGCAUGCAGCGCUGUUGGAACGCUGCAGCGAGAGCGACGCCAGGUGUGCAGCGCUGGAGGCUGAGUCCAAGGUGUGGGCACGGGAGCGGGACGAGUCACUCGCCAGGACGGAGGCACUGAGGCACGACCACGAACGGAUGACGGCUCUGCAACAGCGGCAGGAGGCAGAGCUGGAGGAGCUAUUGGACAAACACUCUCAACUCAGGAGCAACAACCGGAGCCUGGAGGCUCAGCACAGGGAGCUGGAGGCCAAGUACAAGGAGUUACUGGAUGGAAAAACCCAGCUGGAGGAGAGAGAGCGAGAGAUGGAGAAGGAAAGAGAGGUGAUGGAAGCAGAAGCCCAGAGGAGGCUGGAGAGAGAACGAGAACUCGAGAGACAGAGAGAAGACAAUGAGAGGCUGCAGGUCCAGCAGAAGGAGUGGUUGGUGUCUGAGGCAGAGUUGUUGGCACAGGGGUCUGUGCUCAGGGGGGAGCUGAGCACCUCUCAGCUGGAGAGGACUCGACUAGAGGGGGAGCUCAGCACCCUGAAGGAAAAAAACCAGAGCCUGGACCUUAGCAACGCCCGCCUCACCAGCCAGUACCAGCUGUUGACCCAGCUGAAAGGGAACAUGGAGGAGGAGAACCGACAUUUAGCAGAGCAAAACCAGAGUCUGCUGAAGGAGAACCGGGCUUUAUUGGAGCAGAGCCUAGAGCGCCGUGACCAGCACUACACACAGCAGAGGGAGUACCAAGAGAAGCUGAGUGAGCUCCGCCGGGAGAAGCAGAAGUUGGUGGAGAAGAUUAUGGAUCAGUACCGAGUCCUUGAGCCCAGCGUGCAGCCUCUAACCAGCAAGGCUAAGAAAUCUAACUGGAUCGCAGACAGGAUGAAGAAGUUAAUCAAACCUCGGGGAGGAGGAAGAGAGGGACGCGCCCUCUUCACCGCCGCGGGCAGCGUGGAAAACCUGGCCGACAGCACCAAAUUUUCAUCAGACGCGCACACGCCUCAGCCUGACCUCUGCAGUGCUCCAGUGUCCCCAUCUCCCUCGAGAAAAGCUCCAGCUCAUGCAGAGCCAGAUAUUUCAGGGCCGGGGACACCAGCCACGCGUCCUGGCUCUGGGGGCCGCCGGAAACUGGGCUCCCGUCAUGGCUGGGGAUUGGGCUUAGGCAGAGGAGGAUCUGGUCUUUCCCAGUCCUUCAGUCCUGGUGAUCAAAAGACUCCUCCCUGCACAUGGCUGCGAUCCAGCCAGCACAAUGCCACUGUGGCAUGGGACGGAGAGCAAAGUGAAACAAAUGCUCUCCAGGCAGCAGACGCACCGCUGACCAGCCAGGAGAGUGUUGAGCAGGAUGGAGGGAAAGACAAUCAGCACGCCAGUGACGACACGAAGACGGCCUGAGAAAGAACGACAGCCCACUCUCUCCUGAAAAACUGUUUUAUAUGUCGUAGGUGUUUUAUAUGCUGGACUGUAUUCAAUCUCAAACUCUCUCAAUAUACUGAAGAUGAAUAAAUUCCUUUUUAUU